AAAUCUCUUAAUUUUGAACCAAAAAACUUUAAACAAAUACUAGAACAAUGUCCUUUCACAUGAAGCCAAUCAACAAGAAUAUGUCACCUGUAAAUUUGCUAGCCCAAAGUAUAUGGAGAAACGAUGCAGAAGGGGCCGAUCCGUAGAGGAAGAAGAAGAAGACAACUCCGAAGCCCAGGAGGUGUCCUUCUUCCACUGUGCCCCUCUCAUCUUCCCCUACUUGCAACCCUCCGAUCUCGCCGCCGUCUCAUCCACAUGCAGAUCCUCCCGUCGAAUCUCCGGCGCCGUUACUUCCACUAGAAUCUCCGAUGCAUCUAGAACCUUCGAGAAUUCCGCCAUCCCUUUCAUCAACGCCGUCGACUCGCAGCCCUACGCACACUUCCUGUACACCCCGGUUCAGUCUCUGCCUUCCGCCGGCGUAGCUCAGUCCUGGGGAGGUCCGGCCGAUGGGCCGGGUCGGGCGCGUCCGGAUCCGUUCCUGUUCAGAGUCGAGGGUGCCCGCGGGUGCGACUGCCGCCGGGGCUGCGGCGGCGGUUCGGGAUGCCCGUGUUGGGACUCGGCCGCCGAGUUUCCGAGUCGGGAGUGUGGUCCCAGCUGUGGCUGCUUCUCGGAUUGCGGGAAUCGGUUGACUCAAAAUGGCGUUUCUGUGAGGCUGAAAAUCGUUAAGGAUAAGAGGAAAGGAUGGAGCUUGCGGGCUGGGGAGAUGAUUCCUAAAGGCAAGUUCAUCUGCGAGUAUGCUGGGGAACUUGUGACAACUGCAGAAGCAAGAGCCCGGUUCAGACAGUACGAUGACACUCCAUCAAGAACAAGCCGGCAUUUUUGUUCUGCCCUUCUGGUUGUGAAGGAGCAUCUACCGUGCGGGAACGCGUGCAUGAGGAUGAACAUUGAUGCCACCAAAACAGGAAACAUUGCGCGUUUCAUCAACCACUCGUGUGACGGAGGGAACCUCUGUGCUGCCAUAGUGCGAAGCUCUGGAGCUCUGCUUCCCCGUGUUUGCUUCUUUGCUUCCAUGGAGAUACAAGAAGAUGAAGAGCUCAGUUUCAGCUAUGGGGAUGUCGCGCUUGAUCUUCCUCCCAAGGGCUCCCUGUGCUUUUGUGGCAGCCCUUCAUGUUUAGGGGUCCUCCCUUCAGAGCAUACAUGAGAGUAUACUCCGUAUAACUCUAUACCCUUCACAUAGAUCACCUUCAAGUACUGUGUGAACAAGAAUGGCUGAUGUAUUUGAUGGGGUGUACAUUUGGAUUGGAUUCAUAUGGUAAAGUUGAUUUUGGAUUUUGGAGUGAAAGUGUUUUUGAAUGGGGUGAUUCUGGUGUCCAGAAUGUAAACUGAUAUUGAUUGUGUAUUUGGUUAGUGAUUUUAAAGUUAGAUUCAGUUAGACUUGUUG